AUGAAACAAUCAGGUGAAAUCAUUGAGGUCGGCUUCAAAAGACGUAAGUCCACUGGUUAUGUAGACAUCAGCGAGGUGUACACCUCAGGUCGGUACUUUGUGGGUCCUGACUACACCUUCAAGGUUUUCCCAGCUGAUGCUAAUUUUGUCGCGCUUAACGAGAUCUCUGUGUGGACUGGGGAUAAAAUCGAGAUCAAAAUCAGUUGCAAUUUUCAGUAUUUUCUAAGAAAGGACUUUCUGGCAGAUUUACACGAAGCCUACAAUGUCGACUACAAGCCUGUUGUCAGGGGAACGGCUAUUGACGCCAUAAAAGGGCGCGCUGCAGAUUUACCAAUCGACGACUACAUCAGGAACCGAGAAAAUAUCGAAAAAGAACUGUUCAAAGCUCUUGCCAAGCGUGUAGAUGGCUGCUGCAGGGAAACCUGUCCGACCGAAGAAGAGAAGAUGCCCGCUUGUGGCUACUGCAUUGAAAAUUCCUUGUGUAAGAAUGACGAAAGAGGAAUGUUCGUGGAAGUCAGAUACUUCCAGCUAUUGGCGGUCGAUGUGCAUGACGAUGUGAAAAGUCGGUAUCUACGUCAAGUCACAGAGGCGGCUGAAGAAGAACGGGCUCAAUUUGAAUUGCGGGAAAAGGUUGUUCGAAAGGAAACCGAAAGGAUUAAAAACGAGAUCUACAACGAAGCCCGAGAAAUUACCCAGAAUGCGAGCGCUAAAGCCGUGGUUAUUGACGCUGAGGCAAAAGCGAAAGCGCUACGAGUGGUAGAGGAAGCGAGAUCGGAAGGCCUCAAGAAUCUGUACUCAGCACUGGGUAUAACUACUGACGAGGAAAAAGCUGCUUUUAACUACCUACGAUCUUUGCGGCAGAAUAAAAACAUCAAACUUAACGUAGGUUACAAAUCCCUGGCACAAUUCCAAAAUUAAAACACACUGCCAAACAACCUCGUUUCCAGGGUCUCAUCUUUCCGCUCCGAAAGGGUGAGAAGAUGAGUGACCCUGAGAACGAGGUUGACCAACAAAGAGUCUUAAUGCAGUAAUUGGAGAAACAAAGAGUCGCUGACAUUGCUAGAAUUUUUUGCUUUUGGCUUACACGCUAUAGCCUUUUCCAGGCACUUUGUGGUCUGUGAAGACGAGUGGACAUUGGUGGCUGUGGUUACCAUAGAGAUAAGAAACGUUUGCAAUCGAGAGCUUGGCAUAGGCUAACAUAACCAUCGUAAUUAGGGGUUGUUAAUACCCGAAGUAACGCCCGUAACAAAAGCUCACAUGCGAAGAUGUAAAGAAAAUAGAAUUUAUACGUAAAAGUGCUAGGUUUUGUACUCAUCAACCUUUGUAAUUUUCUU